AUCCGAACCCCGGAUUUAGCCCUAUUCUGGGGAGGCGGGGUUCUUCACCCCCAGCGUACGGAGUGUUGACAGGCUCCUCUGUAACCACACACGAUGUGGUUUCUCACAACCCUCCUUUCCCUGUCAAUCGUGGGUUCUGCUACCCCAACCACGCAAGGACAUAUCAAGUCUCCUAAGGCUCACGUCAAAAACGGAACGUAUGAAGGCAUAUAUUCCGCGGAAUAUCACCAAGACUUCUUCCUGGGCGUUCCAUUUGCGCAGCCCCCCGUCGACAACCUCAGGUUUAGAUUACCCCAGUCUCUGAACUCUACAUGGAAGGGCUCUAAAACCGCAAAGGACUAUUCUCUUCUCUGCGUCGGAUAUGGCCUCGACCAAACGUUCUACGAGCAGUCAGAGGACUGCUUAUACCUCAAUGUUGUCCGCCCCGCCGGCUACGAGCACGAGCAGCUUCCUGUAGGGUUCUGGAUUCACGGCGGAGGAUUUAGCAAUGGCGGCGGCGGCGACCAACGGUACAAUCUCUCUUUCAUUGUGGAACAGUCAGUCAAGAUAGGAAAGCCCAUCAUUGGCGUCUCGAUCAAUUACCGUCUGAGUUUAUGGGGGUUCCUCUACUCUAACGAAGUCGUCGGGGAGGGAAUCACCAAUCUUGGCCUUAGAGACCAGCGUAUUGCUCUGCAAUGGGUGCAGGAGAACAUUGCUGCCUUUGGUGGAGAUCCAGAGAAGGUCACCAUCUGGGGCGAGUCUGCAGGCGCUGCCUCUGUUGGCUUCCAGCUUACUGCUUACGGUGGUCGCGACGACAAGCUUUUUCGCGCGGCGAUACUACAGUCCGGUAAUCCAAUCUACUAUGGCUCGGAGAACGGCACGCAACGCUCCCAGGCCGGUUUUGAGGCAAUUGUCUCUGCAGCUGGAUGUUACGAUUCCUGGGAUCGAAUUCAAUGUCUUCGCGAAGUCCCAUUUCUGGUCCUGAAUGCCACGAUGAACGGGUCAGUGGAAACUGGCAGCUUCGGACCGACGAUUGACGGUGAUUUUGUGCGGACGUACCGCAGCAAGCAACUCAAAAGAGGCCAAUUUGUCAAAGUGCCGAUUAUCACUGGUGCAAACAGCGAUGAAGGCGCUUCCAUGGGUCCCAUGGGCAUUAAUACUACCGAAGACUUCCGAGCGACACUAUCCAGCUUUUUACCUCUCUCCUUCCAAGAUGCUAUCUUGAAAGCAUACCCAGAUGACCUUUCCGUUAACGUGGUUGCCAGCCUGGGCGACCAACGCCCUGCCCCGCCGUACGGUGCCCAGUUCCGCCGAAGUGCAUCCUUCUGGGGGGAUUACUACUUCAUUGCGUCGAGAAGGGAGACAGCUAAGACGUGGGCUUCUCACGGUCUCCCUGCAUAUGCUUAUAGGUUUAAUGCCAUUCCUGCCGGCGUUCCUCCGGAGGUUGGAGCCGGCCAUUACAAGGAGAUUGGCUUUAUGUUCAACAACCUCAAAGGGGUCGGGUAUAGACCGGAUAUUAGGCCGUUCGAAGACAAGGGCAAGAGCUACAUUGACCUUGCAGAACUGAUGAGCUCUUCCUGGGUCAGCUUUAUUUAUGACUUGGAUCCAAACGGCUACAAGGGAAGAGACAGCAAGGUUCCUAAAUGGCCGAAGUAUAGAAUGGAUAACCCGGAGGACUUUGUCUUUGAUGCUAAUAUUACUAGCUAUGUGCAGUCUGAUACUUAUCGGAGUGAGGGUAUUGCACUGAUUAACGACAAUGCUCUUGGGGUUUUGCAUAGAUAGUGAGAUGGUUUUUACCUGUGAC